GGAGGACUUGUAAAUAUCAGAAAGAUGGCGGCGCUCGCUGUGAAGCCACAUGUCGUUGUUGAAGAUGGAAAUGAUGAUGUUUCUGAAGGAAGCAUCAGUAACGAUGAAGAGAGUGGAGCAGAUAGUGAUCAUGAGGGAGCAGAUGCUGAAAACAGCGGCGAUGAAGAACAGGAUGAGGAAAACCCAAACGCCGGAUGGGCAGAGGCCAUGGCCAAAGUCCUGGGCAAGAAAACGCCAGACAGCAAACCCAGCAUCCUCCUGAAGAACAAACAGCUGGACAAGAUCAAGGAGAAGGAGAAGAAAGAACGUCUUGAGAAAAAGAAACAGAUGGAUAAGAAGCGAGCUUGGGAGAAUAUUUGCCGAGAGAAACCCGAUGUUGUUCAAGACCGAGAACAUGAGAGGAACCUGCAGAGAAUCGCCACCAGAGGUGUGGUGCAGCUGUUCAACGCGCUCAAGAAUCAUCAGACGAACGUAAAUAAACAAAUAAAGGAGGUCGGCGGCUCGGAGAGGAAGAAAUCUAAAAUUCUGUCCUCCGUCUCCAAGAAGGACUUCAUCGAUGUGCUCAGAGGAACAGACGUGGCUGUUAAAAAAGAGAAAGGGAUCAAAGUAGAGAAGUCGUCCUGGAGCGUGCUGAAGGAUGAUUUCAUGAUGGGCGCGUCCAUGAAGGACUGGGAUAAAGAGAGUGAUGAAGAUGGAGAAGGAGACGAGGACGAGAGAGAGCCUGCACAAGAGUACAGCAGCGAGUCAGACUGAUGCGUCUCCUGUUCAACAUGUAGUGACUGAAUACAUUCUCACUGAGAGAGAGAGAGAAAGGGAGGACUCCAUUACCCAGAAUGCUCUGAGGGUGAGUUCUGUGACACUGCAGCAGGGAGAGAUUGUGGUGUUUGUUGGAUCAUGCGUCCUGGGGUCCAUUUAUGUGCAGAUUUGUUGUCUAUUUCUGUAUAUAGUCAUUUCUAUCAGCCUUUUGCUAAAUAAAUGAUGUCCAUGUCCUGA